UAAAAAAAAAAUACUCAAAGCAAGAGCUACGAUUGUCAGCCAUCUACAUUUACAGUUGAGACUCGCAACGAAACGGAUGCAUCUUCAAGCCCAAAAACUUUGUUAUUUUUACCUGAAGAAAGCUUUCAUCGAUUCUUACCUUCAAUACUUCCGGUUGGAAUAAAGUUUAAAUAUUUAUUUAAAAUAGAUAAAAAUAAAUAAAUAAAACAACAAUUACAACUUUUAUGAAAUCGCCAGCAAAUACAUUCAUACAUAUGUCUGUGAGAAGUGAUUUUGAAUAAACUAACCCAAACAAAUAAACAAUCAUAAGCUUCUGUUAAACUAAACUUUGAUUAUCUACAAACAUACCUGGAGAAUUUGCAACAUUAUUACCAAUUGUUGCAUUUUAAGGCCCAGUCACAUUGUUACAACCAUUCCAAAUGAAUGCCACAGACGAAGAUCUUAAACUACAAACGUAAAUCAUCGAUCACAUUUUGUUGUAAUGGACUGGCUAUUAGAAACGCCUCAGCUAUAUAGUGCUUUCUCCUCGCUGGGCUCCCUGAUGGGAGAUACCUAUGUCGUAAGUGAUAAGGUUCUAGAAACAUUGGAAGAAAUUGACUUUAAAUUGACCUAUGAAGAUCAGACGCUGCGAACAUUUCGUCGUGCUGUAGGUUUUGGUAAAAAUGUUAAAUCGGAUUUGUUGCCGUUGCUGGAAAAUGCCAAGGAUGAAGAGGUUUUCGAUUCGGUCAUAAGGAUAUUGGUUAACCUCACUGCACCGGUAGAAUGUCUUUUCUCGGUCGAUGUAAUGUAUCGGACCGAAGUGGGUCGCUACACGAUUUUCGAGUUGAAUAACUUGCUGCACACAAGCAAGGAGGCCUUUACCGAUCCGAAGAGUACCAAAUGUGUGGUGGAAUAUAUGACAAGGAUUUUGGAAUCCGAUUCCAAGUUAUCGGCCAAGAAAUGUGAACAAAUCAAUAAUUGUUUGUUGCUGUUGCGCAACAUUUUGCACAUACCCGAGCCGAGGGGGAACUACAUCAUGUCCUCCACCUCGCACAAUCAGUCGGGUGGAACUCAUGCCGUUUCCAUGCAGAAUACCAUUUUGUGGAAUUUAUUUAUCCAGAGCAUAGAUAAGUUGCUGCUCUAUCUCAUGACAUGUCCCCAGAGGGCCGUAUGGGGUGUCACCCUGGUCCAGUUAAUUGCCUUGAUGUACAAGGAUCAGCAUGUGAGUACCUUGCAGAAACUUUUGAAUAUGUGGUUUGAGGCUUCGCUGUCGGAAAGUUCUGAGGACAAUGAGAGCAACACCUCACCGCCGAAGCAGGGUAGCUGUGAUUCGAGUCCCAUGUUGACAUCGGACCCCACCUCCGAUUCAUCGGAUAAUGGCAGUGGAGGCACCAAGAAAAAUGUCAGCUCCGAGGAUCGUCGUCAGGCCUUGCGCGAAGAAACCGAGGCCACAUUACAAGAGGUAAGCCGUAAGGGCCAGGAAUAUCAAAACUCCAUGCUAAGAGUACCGGCUGACAAUGUCGAUGCCACGGAGUUGGCCAACGAUCUCAGUUUGAAGGCCAGCCAGGAGGCCAGUAACAAUGGCAGUUGGUCCCAAAAGGAAGCAAUGGCAAAUGAAGAGGCCACCACAACACCAACGAAAAUUAAAAUAGAACCCAAUAAAAACGAAAAUGCUUGCGAGAAUCCACCCAUCCUGGUGGCAGUGAAACCAAGCAAACAACAGCAACAACAACUUCUACAACCAGCUGAACCUGUUUCAAGCACUUCCAAAAAGUCAGAUAAUGACAAUUUUAUGGCCCCACCAGCCCUACCGCUUAAGCCACCCAUCCCAGCCACAGUGGCAGCGGUGUGUGGUGCUCCUCUCCCCUUGAUACCCAAUGACCCAGAGCUCUUGGAACCAUGCCCUAAGCAGUGCCAACAAAAGACACCACAUUCGGCCCAUGUCAAGUUGACCAUGGGUAAAUGUGGUCCCCAGAAACGUCAGUGCCCCUCCUCGCAGUCCGAACUCUCCGAUUGCGGCUAUGGUACUCAAGUUGAAAAUCAGGAGUCCAUAUCAACCUCUAGUAAUGACGACGAUGGUCCUCAGAGCAAACCGCAACAUCAAAAGCCGCCCUGCAGUUCAAAGUCGCGCAAGGGCCAGCGAAAUGUUCUCACGGCCAUCGAUAAGAAGGAGUUAAGACGCAAGAAGCUGGUGAAACGCAGCAAGAGUAGUUUAAUAAACAUGAAAGGCCUGGUGCAGCACAUACCCACAGAUGAGGAUAUCGCAAAUCUCUUGAAAGAAUUCACUGUGGACUUUUUGCUCAAGGGCUAUAGUUAUUUGGUGGAGGAUUUACAUUCACAGCUCCUCACAAAUUUGGUAAGUCUACAAACAAAAUACAUCAUCCACUUAAUUAAGAAUUUGUCUUUCCUUCCUUCCUUCCUGCAGAACAUUCCCAUCGAUACAUCACAUUUCUUUUGGUUGGUGACCUAUUUCCUGAAGUUCGCCGCCCAACUGGAACUGGAUAUGGAACAUGUCAACAACAUUCUGACCUUCGAGGUGAUAAGCUAUUUAACCUAUGAGGGAGUGAUGCUGUGCGAACAACUUGAAUUGAAUUCGCGACAAGAGGGUAGUGAUCCGAAUCCUUAUUUGCGUCGCAUGCAUUUGGUCGUCACGGCAAUACGAGAAUUCCUACAGGCCAUUGAAACCUAUAAGAAAGUCACCCAUUUGAGUGAAGAAGAUCGUGAGCGAUUGCGUUUGCUGCAGUUGCAAAUCAGUAGUUCCGAAGAUUUAAGAAAUCUAUUUGUGUUGCUGUUGCGUCGCUUCAAUCCCAGUCUACAUCCGAAGCAGUAUCUGCAAGAUUUGGUGGUAACCAAUCAUAUGUUGCUCUUGAUACUGGAUAGUGUUACAAAGUCGGAAGAUAAUGUCCAUAUUAAGAUGAUCGACCACGUUUCACAAUUUGCCACCAUGGAAAUAAUGCACUUCUAUGGCAUGCUGCUGGACGAUUUCAAUAGCAAUGGUGAAUUUGUCAACGAUUGUAUAUUCACCAUGAUGCAUCACAUUGGUGGUGAUUUGGGACAAAGUACCGCUCUAUUUCUGCCGGUGAUUUUGAAGACCUUCUCACGUAUUUGGGAGGCAGAUUAUGAGCUGUGUGAUGAUUGGUCGGAUUUAAUUGAAUAUGUAAUACACAAAUUCAUAAACACACCACAGAAGAGCCCAUUGGCCGCCUCAUCGGCAUCCCUGACUGAGCUGACCAAGGAACACAACAUGGAGACAGCUGUGAGCACUUGGACCCAGGAGGAAAUGGACACCUUGUAUUGGUAUUAUGUCCAGAGCAAGAAAAAUAAUGAUGUGGUGGGAAAAAUUGUUAAAUUGUUUGGUAACAAUGGCAACAAGCAGAAAUCGAGGAUAUCGAUAAUACAACAGCUGUUGCAACAGGACAUCAUAACCUUGGUGGAAUAUGAUGACUUAAUGAAAUACGAAGAUGCCCAAUAUCAGCGCACUUUGUUAACCACGCCUACUUCAGGUACCACAGAAUCUGGCAUAGAAAUGAAAGAUACAGCCAUUGCUGGCAAACCUUCCGAUGAUAUUCAGAUUCUUCGCGAUUUAAUAAUCAAGGAGAAAAAGAAACAACAUUUGGAGUGGUUGCAGAAACUCCUAUUGGAAUGUUGUUAUGUCAAAUUGAUUCUCAGGAAAAAUCCCCUAAGAGAGGAUCAUCAAAAUUUGUCAGUGAUAAUGGAACCAGUAGCCUAUCAUUCAAUAUUUAAAAACAAAUCCAUACCCGUUGUCCAGUGGAACACCGAACAGGCCAACACAAUGAUGUAUCAACCCUUUGUACUGCUGCUGCACAAGUUGGGCUUUCAAUUGCCGGCCGAUGCUGGUUCGGUUUUCGCCAGAAUACCCGAAUUCUGGACACCGGAAAUGAUGUUCGGUUUGGCCAAGAAAUUGGGACCGUUGGAAAAAUUGGUUAUCAAAUUCGAUGUGUCACAAUUCGAGGCAAAUGUGGGCGAAAUAACGGACGAGAUGAAGAGAGCAGGAGGAGGAGGUGGAGGGGAUAUGCCGGCCAACAGUGGGGUGCGCAACUCACUGAGUUCGCUGUCCAGCGUUGAAGUGGAACUGAAUGACAACGAUGACCUCUCGACCAUACCAGAGUUGGAUGAUUCCUUUGAGAAAUCAUCGCAGACCUGUGAGAUCUUUGCAGUACCCAAGGCAAAGCAUAGCAACUCCAUUAUCAGGUACACACCUGAUCCAACAUCUUUGCCCUCGGUUCCCAACUGGCUACAAUUGGUCAUACACAGCAAAUGUAAACAAAGUACCUCUGUAGCCGAUUCAGCAGCCGCUGCUGCUGCUGCAAGUUUGGCCAAUCUGGCCACCAAUGCCUGCAUUGAAUCUGAUAUCUGGAUGUCAAACACCAACGACGUUGUACAAACCACUCAAAUUUCAAGCGACGUUAGUGGCGAUGGCGGUGCUGCUGGGAUAGCACAGCCGUCCUCUUCGCCCUCGGCCACAUCAUCGUCAUCAUCAUUAUCGGUGGCGGCAACAGCAUCAACAACAAGUACCAGCAGACAUCAUCUAACAGCAACACUUCUGUCAUGUCCAUCAAUCAUCGAUGUAAUUGUUGGCCAACAACAUGAGACGCUCAUCAACACCAACAACGAUUGUAAGAAAUUGCUAACAACGGCCACAGCCACAUCAACAUCGUCGGCAACAACAACCAAGACAACAAAUACAGCUGCAGCUGAGACAAUGGCCAACUCGAAUGGCGGCAGCAACAACCAACAACAACAACAACAUGAAAGCACACUCGCUCCAACAUCGCUGAGUCGUAGCUGUAUGGCAGUAACAACAACAACAACAGCAGCAGUAUCAGCAUCAACUGUUGAAAUAACAGCAGCACCUACAACUGACCUAAUAACAGCAGCAACAACUACGCCGCUACCAAUUGUCCACAUUCCCAGUCACCAUCAAUCACAACAACAACUACAGCAACAACUGCAACAACAACAUCAUAAACAAUUGGAACAAUUACUGCAAGAACAACAAUUUACGCAAUUGCCAUACAGUGACGAUGACGAUUCGGCAAUGAAAUCGUUGGAGCGCAACGAUUCAGUGUCCAGUGGAUUUUGCACUCGCAGCGGCAGUGGUACAUUGGAGCUGGAAUUGUCCGCAAUGGUGGCCUCAAUUUAUGAUCAAGAAAUCACCAAUAGUGACAGUGCAUCAAUGGCCUCGGAUCUAACACGCAUGUAUGUCAGCGGUGAAGACGAUGAUCACUAGAGGUCAAAUGCCCUACAUUCCCUAUGACUUGGACAGAAGUCACAUUAACCAAUAUACAUAUAUAACCGACACAGCAUACCUUUUCAACAUAACCUAACUAUUAUAUUUAAACAAUAACAGCAGGAGAAUUCUUGGAAAACUGAACAUUUGAAAUUGCCCCCUAAAAUUGGUAAACCAGAACAACAAAAAUUGUUAACGAUUGGCCUUGAUUUUUUUUUGAAAUGGUUUUCUCUACGAUUUGAAAUUAAUGGAUAAAAUUUUAGUCUUUUGUUAUGAAGAAGGAAAUAAAUAAUUAAAAUUUAAUAAGAUAUUGAUUAUAUACCUACUAACAAACACACAUAUAAAAAUACAUAUUUACAAGUAUUUUGGUAGUAUGUAAUUUGAUGAAUUACUGUGUAUUUAAGUUAUAAGAUGGAUAGCCUACACCACUUUUUGGGACAAGCGGGUUUUUACUACAGUUAAUUUGAUCGGACAUUGAUAUUAUAUGCUGACGGACAAACCCGGACCCGGUAUGAUCUUGUAUUGAACCGUAUACGUUAGGUGGCCUACAAAAGGUAUUUUCAUCGGUACAAGACCAAUUUUAAUAAUUUUGUUUUAAUUUAUGUUCGACGAAAAAUAUCGAAACUUGGCAUUUUAAUAAAUAGAAGUGGUGUGUGGGGUUCUACCGAUAAUAUAUAUUCCAUUAUAUAUGUUUAUGUAUGUAAACACAAACAUCUUUAAAAUUAAAUUAAGUAGUAUAAACUUAUCAGAUUUGAAUUAAAUACAUAUUAAUACUUGCGUUUAUGGGAUCUUCGAAAUUUAUGUCGAAAUUUUUGAAUCGAUUUUUUACUUGUAUUAGGCAAACCGAAAAAAUCUUUUUUCUUGCAGAUACAGUUAGGAUUUAUAAGAAAGAAAAAAAAAAACAACAA